AUUGAUUUAAGCAGUUGAUUAAUUGUAUUAAUUCACUUCUCACUUAAACAGUUUAACGGUGGGUAUUCUUUUAUAUAUUUUAGCAGGAAAUAAUUCUUGAACAGCUGUAAAUUUACGUAACCAAUGGACUAACACCGAGGAAAACGAGCAGGAAUCUGAUAAUUUUUUUCAUUGUGUGACAUGGCAGAUGUAGACAGACCAAUCACUCAAGUUGCCAUUGUAGCAGAUUCAACAAGGUGUCCACCUGGAUUUACUCUGAUUGAUCGUACCUACGAUCGUCGGGAUGACGCUGAUCUAUGGAGAGAUGGCUUGUUUGGGAGAAAAGUGGUUCGAUAUCUCUGUGUAGAAAAAAUGCCACCAUCACCGGGUAGAGAUGUAUUGGUAGAUGUCGCUGUCAUCGGAGAGAGAGACGCCAUUCCAGCGGGAUUUACCUGUGUAGAUUUCACAAGCGAUACUCGUGAGAAGGCUGUGAAAAAGAAGAUGCUAUGUGUAAGAUACAUGUCCAGUGAUUUAACAAAUGAUGCUAUAUGUGAACUUAUCCUUCUUACAAAGGGAGUCAGACGGCCACCAAAUGGGUACACAUUGGUCGGAGAGCUGAAUUACAUGGGACUGUGCUACAAAAUGGCUGGCUUCCGUAAGCCUGGAGUUCAGAUGGAUUCCCACCAGGGUCAUGCUAAUGACUCCACCUUCCACACACAGGGCUACACAACUCAAUCCACACCAAUGAACAUGAGUUCUCUAGCCUCUAAUUUGCCAUACAACCCGACUCCUUACAAAAAGAAUGGUCCAUUGGAAAGGGGCACCAGCUUCACUGAUUCUGCAAAUACUCUGCAAGGAAGCCACACAGUAACAGCUCUUCAGGGACUACCAUUUGAAUUGAAUCGCAAGGUGUUUAGUGAUGACUUAGAUAUAUCAAUUCCACAGAUUCCUUACAAAUCUAUCAUGGAUAUAGAAAACCAGUAUAGCUAUGACUUCUCGGUGGAGCGGUCAGCUGCGGCCAGAGUACCAUAGUCACUGAUGAUAUAGCGCAGCCCCACCCAAGACUGCCCCAUGGAUUCAACUGGAUUGAAUUUGUUUUUCUGGUAGACUGUGACCCACAAAAAAAACCCUGAACAAAGCUUGACUACUGUUUAAUUAAUAUGUACAUUUAUUUUGAUGACAGCAAGCUCACUUAUUUUGUUGUUCUUGUUGGGUUUUUUUACUAUACUUAGGUAUAGGCAAAAAAUUCAAACAUGUUUUUAAACAAACGCAGUUUUGAUGAAUGUUAUGCAUUGGAUUCAGUGUAGCAGAUGUUUUGGGUUUAUUUAGUGUGUAUGACAUGUUUAUUGUCAUAAUAUGCUAGAGGUUCAUUAUUUACUGAAUGGGGAAAAUUGCUCUAUUUGUCUCCACAGUCAUUGUUUUGUUACAAACAGUUCAUAAACAGAUUACUUCAUUGCACUGUACUCUGUAUUCAAUGAAAAAUGAUGCAAGAUUUUUUUGUUCUUGCAUCAACAGCAUUAUCUUUUAAAAGAAUACAUGCUCAAGAGGUAUAUUUGAAAUUGAUUUCAUUAGUAUAGACAAACUGUGAGUGAGUGAUGGAGAAAGAGAGAUGUGUAUGUUUUUGGUUUUUUUUUACGAAAUGUUUGUGGUACAUGUACCAAUAAAGUUCAUUCUUAUUACAAGUGCUGAUGUUGGCAAUGCUGAGUUUUAGGACAAUGUCUGUGAUAUGGAGUGUGUUUUUUUUUGCGUUAUAUAAUUGUAGUGCUCAAGGUUAUUAGGAAACUGUAUGCAGUAGCUAUUCAAAAUCAUAGUUGGAAUUAAAAUCCACUGCAGUAAACACCAUAGCAUGAUGGAUGAAAAAAAAAGAUAAAGAAUUUUUAUUGGGCGGAAGGGGGGGUGUUAGUGGUAGAAGGAGGAUAUUUCUUCCUUUUAAUUUAUUAUUAUUUUUUUUUGUAUCUCUAUCUUAUAUUUUAAUGCAAUAUAUGUCAGUGAUCAACUAAUAUCGAUAUAUUAAAAUAAAUAUUGCUUCAACUGUGA